AUGCGUUUCGGAUAUAUCAUCGCUCUUUUUGCUGCUACUGUCGUCGCAGUUCCUCACAAAGUCGACAAUCAGAAUCACCGAGUCAUGAAGGAUGCCAUGACUACGAGCAUGUCUAUGUCCAUGCCAAUGAAGAGAACUGCUACACCAACUGCUGAAGCAACACCAACCUCCAUGAAGGCUGAUAGCGCCAUGCGAGCUGAGAAGAUGAUGAUGCCGUGA